CAAAAAAAAUAAUAAAAAACUAGGUGAAUGUGCUGCAAUGUCAUUCUUCUAUUUUAUUAGUGAUCUGACAGAGACGCGACAAGAUCCUCGCUGAAGCUGAUACAGGACCAAAGAUGGCAUGGCUACUCCUUGGUGUGGUGUUGUUAAUUCACGGGGCUGUGCAGUGUGAAGAAACCUUCGAGCGAGAUCUGGAUCCUGAAGUUAACAUGAACAUUAGUCAGAUUAUUUCCUAUUGGGGGUAUCCAGCUGAGGAACACGAAGUUGUCACGGAGGACGGCUAUAUCCUGAGUGUUAACAGAAUACCAUAUGGAAUAAAAAACAAGGGAUCCAAAGAGCUGAGGCCUGUGGCAUUCCUCCAGCAUGGUCUGCUGGCAGCCGGGAGCAACUGGAUCACCAACCUGCCCAACUCCAGCCUGGCUUUCAUCCUCGCCGACGCCGGCUACGAUGUGUGGAUUGGCAACAGCCGGGGCAACACCUGGUCCACAAAACAUGUGACGCUGAGCCCCGACGAGGAUGCGUACUGGGCUUUCAGCUAUGAUGAAAUGGCUAAAAAGGACCUCCCUGCAGUGAUAAACUUCAUUACCAAGAGUACAGGGCAGGAGCAGAUCUACUAUGUGGGGCACUCCCAGGGCACUACCAUAGCUUUUAUAGCCUUCUCUACCAUGCCAGAAUUGGCAAGCAAGAUCAAGAUGUUUUUUGCCCUGGCUCCUGUGGCUACAAUUUCCUUUUCUACGAGCCCCAUGAAAAAACUGUCAAUUUUUCCAGAGUUCCUGGCCUGGGAGCUGUUUGGAAAGAAGGUGUUUUUCCCCCAGAGUUCCUUGAUAAAGUGGUUUGCUACUGGAUUCUGUAGUCAUGAGCCACUUGAUGUCCUAUGUGGGAACAUUUUCUUUGUCCUUUGUGGUUUUGAUGAGAAAAACCUAAACAUGACUCGUACCCCAGUGUACACAACACACUGUCCUGCUGGUACGUCCGUGAAGAACAUGCUUCACUGGAGACAGAUGGCCCAUUCUGGGAAACUUGCGGCUUUUGACUACGGCUGGAAAGGAAACAUGGCACAUUAUAACCAGUCGACUCCCCCGCUGUACUAUGUAAGGGACAUGAAGGUCCCGACCGCCCUGUGGUCUGGGGGGCAUGACACGCUGGCAGACCCCAAAGAUGUGGCUGUGCUCCUCACCCAGAUCCCCAAACUGGUCUACCACAUGGCUAUCCCACACUGGGAGCACCUGGACUUCAUCUGGGGCCUGGAUGCGCCAGAGCUCAUGUACAACCAAAUCGUUAAACUUAUGAAUCAGCAUGCUUAAAGCCUUUCGAGACCAGAAACUAGGCCCUUUUUAAAAUGUUUCUUAAUGGGAACAUUGUUAUCUGAGCCAAAUGUUUCCAAAUACAUUGAACCAAAUCUUACUGAAUCAAGACAUCUUUCUUAUGUUCAAAUUUGAGGUGAAAUUGAAGGAGGAAAAAACAUGUGGUUGCAUAAAACUGUUUAGAAAAGGCUUUUGUCAGUGACUUUCUAUGCAGUCAUUUUGUUAAAAAUGAGUGACUUAAAAUUAUUACAAGAUCAGCAUACAUUUAAUAAUAUAAUGCAAAUCAUUUAAAAAGUAACAUUUAAAACAUUAAGAAAAGUUUGCCCUGAUGCUUAAACUACUUUUUUAAAGACAUCCAUUCCAUACCUUUGCAAGCAGAGAAGAAUCAUCUGCAAGCAGAGAUGAAUGGAAAAUAUUUUUCUAACAAAUUUCAGACCAAGGUAGAG